AUGCCGUUUGACAUCGUCAAGCCAGGAGAUCGAACGGCUUACGAUGAUAAACUUGCCCGGGGUAUUAUGUUGCCAUUGUCUGGCGCUGCAUAUUCUCCCAGCCCCCAGAUUUGCCUGACAAAUCUGUUCAAAGGAACGAAGGCUAUUGUCAUCUCAUUCCGUGGGACCAAUGCUUUCCUACAGCUUGUACAGGAGGCUGAUCAGAGUAUCUUCCACGAGAAGGUCCCAUUCGUGGCCGGCGGCAACGUGAACAAGUACUUCUACCAAGCAUUCCUGGCUGUAUGGAAUGCCGGCAUGAAGGACGACUUCAUAACGUUGAAGAACAAAUACCCCAACUAUCAGCUCUACAUCACCGGCCAUUCUCUUGGAGGAGCUAUGGCUUCCCUGGCAGCUUCCUACAUCUCUGCUACUGGACUGUACGAGAAGGCGCUGAUUCGAUUGGUCACCCUUGGACAACCGCGUACUGGUGAUGCAGCCUGGGCCAAGUGGCAUGAUACCAACGUACCGUACACCCUGCGAAUCACCCAUUCUCAUGAUAUGGUGGUUCACGUCCCCGUGGAACUGAUGGGCUAUUCGCAUCACAUGAGCGAGGUGUUCUUCAAGGGAGAUAUGGGAUCAGGAGCUACCUACACGUUGUGUGAGGCUGAUGACAGCAAGUCCUGCUCGGACGGAAACCUAACCGAUCUGUCCAUCAACGACCAUCUCCACUACUACGACAAGGAUGUCUCGGGAUACGGGGAAGCUGGAUGCACCGGAAAUGGCGCUGAAUCCUUCAUCCCAUUCGUCCCACCGCAA